AUGGGAAACCUCUCCUCCACCUCCUGCUGUUACUGUGAUUGCUGUGCAGAUGAUAGGAAGAAGAAGAAGACAAGAGGCCGUGCACUUUCCACACUUCCCCCUCGCCGUCGGUUAUUAGCCCUCUUAUCUCUUUACGCCCCACACCGAUUAAAAGAUACGGAUGAUAUUCUGCGAGAGUUUAAUGGCGAUGGCAAUCGGGCGGUGUUGUAUUAUAGUUCUUUACUCGGCCCAGAGCCAAAGCCGCAGGAGGCGGAAUUAAUGUACGCGACGAGACUCACAGAAGAUGAUGUUUGGCUGCGGAAACGUGUAUAUGAAAUAUUAAUGAGAUGUGAUCCCACACGGGUGUUGGAGUUGGAAUCUAUUGUGCGAGGACACAAAGGGACGGCAUCCGAGUUACUACAACAAUUAGAGAUCUACUAUAAAGAUAGGGAUUCUAAUAAUAAUAUUAAUAAUAAUAUACAAAAAGGAGGACGUGAGGGAUCUAAUAAUCAAGAUACCUUAGGUUCUGUUUCUAAUACAGAUGUUCAUUCCUCAAAAGAUGGAAAAGAAUUAUCUGAGGAAAAACAACAAAAGAAUAAAAAUAAUAUGCAGUUAGUAGUUACUACCCCCACAAGGGAAAUAUUAUCUCCACCAUUACCACUUCAAAGUAGUGAGUGGUCCCCAAGAGAUGAGUCACCUCUUGGUGUUUCUGACGAUUUACCUAUUUCUCCAUCUCAUAUAAAUAUCUUUACAGGAGGAAAUCUUAAGAAGAAACGAGAUGAGGAUGAACAUAUUCUGAGGGAAUUCGAGUCUAUGCUUGCACAGAUGCGUGAAGCAGAGGUGGCGAUUCUUUUACCAUAUCGACCUAAAGUAGUUCAUGUUGAAAAUGAAACAUAUUCUGCAAACACACUCAUAUAA